AGCUGACAUGUGAGAGUCAAUUUAUUUUUAAUUGUUGGUCUUGUUUUUAAAGUCAUUUUUUAAUUUUUAUAUGUUUUUUAAUAUACAAUUUUAACCAACAGUCUUUUAUGGGCUUCGUGAUUACUUCUGAUAUCAUUCCGUGUUCUAAUUUUGCAUUUUAAAACCUUUUUUCUUUGUUACUCUUUCCAGACAUCCGAGACUUACUACCUCUUCAAGAUGAACGAUGAAAGUUACACUGCCGCAUCAUCAGCUCAUUCCUACAAAGUGAUCAAACCAAAUAGAAGAAAAUCAAAAACAACCAACAAGAUAGACUGUGAUUUGAGUUAUGACGAUUCCUACCAUCAUUAUAUAUCUAAACUAAAUAAAACUUAUUCCAACAUUGAGAAGGAAGUCUUCGACCAGCUGUUGGGCGAGUUGAAAGAAUUUGUGAUAAGGCACAAAUCAGUCUACGAUAUUGCUAAGUCCUCUUCAUUUCGUUACACACCAUGUGCUGUUGUCUCGAUGUCUGCAAAUAUCAAUAAUCUAUCGAGCUUCUCUGAUCUUCUAAUCGAUCAGAUUGAAGAGAUUACAAGUUUACAAUUGGUUGUUACAUCUGACGAUGUGAGAAGUAUUCCUGAUUUUGUGAAACUUGUUCAAGAUUGCAUUCUAGAUUAUCUUGGAAUAGAUAGAGUUGAAUUUCCUUACAGUUUCUACAGUGUGACUGCCAAAUUUUUCAAUGAAAAAAUACACCCAAAACUUCCUAUGGUUGUGAUAUUUAAAGAUUUCGAUUGCAUCAGCCAAACUUUGUUAAGUGACCUUUUUAUGCUGAUGCACGAGAACCUUGAGAAAAUGCCCGUUAUAUUGAUUUGCUGUCAAUCUUCAGAUAUCGUUGCACUCAACAUGCGCUUACCAUCUAAAGCUACUAAUAAUUUAAAGGUUGAGAAUUUCUCCUGUCGACCUACUAAGGACUUCUUUUAUCUAUUGCUCGAUGAUAUAAGUUUCAGUACUGAGACUUCAUUCAAGCUGGGACCAAAAGUUUUAAAGCAUCUUAUUAACGUUUACAAAUUAUGGGACACAUCACUCAGCGGUGCUUUUCGCCGUGUAAAACUUUGUGUUUUUGAACAUUUUUACAACAAAAAAUACGCAAAAUUAUGCUGUGCUCCUGAUGAAAUUGACUCUACAGUGUCCACCUUGACUGAUGACGAGUUGAACUCUAUUCGAGAUUUAGAUUCCAUACAAAGACGCAAUUUUCCAAAGGAAAGUAAAAUAGCUAAAUCUCAGCUAAAAAAAGAGUUGAGAAAUUUUCUGGACCAUUUAGAAGAUAUUUACUCAGAAUUAAAGUUUUAUCAUCUACUCAAAGAGUCGCUGUUUUAUUGGAAAAAAUUAACAUUCAUUGAAGAUACUUGGAUUCCAUUUCUCGACUCUGAAAAGCUGUCUGAUGGAAAUGAUUUCCAUGCUAUAUGUGAUAGAUUCUGUGGACUGGAUAGUGAGGCUAUAAUUUCAUUGAUGGAUAAUCUAUCGAGACAUAUAGAUAGUGUUGAAUCAACUGUAUUUGCGAGUCUGAAAAAACAUUACAAAGAUUUUGAAACCAAAACACAAGAUGACCAACAGGAUAAUCACGAAAAUGAGAUCAAUCCUAACGGUUUUCGUUCUCGCCUAAGAUCUCAGAAUGGGAUUGUUAGCAGUCCUUAUGACAAAAAAAUUUCGCGCACGCAAUUGAGAAGUUAUAUUGCUUCGCAACAAAAACCAAAAGUUGUUAGAAAAUUUCAAAAAUGGAAAGACGAAUUUCUCGAUUUAUUGAGAGAAGAAAUCGAUAAAAUAUCAAACCCUCUUCAUUUGCCAUACAAUGAAAUAUUUUUCUUCAAUGACAUUGGACAAUUUGAACAAUUAAGCAUGCCAACAACAAGACAUGAUACUCUCUUCGCCUUGGAAAAUCCAGAGAAAGUAUUUAUUUGUAAAUGCUGCCAAUCUUUAAACCGUUUAUCUCCAGAUAUAUCAAUUAUUUAUUCAAUUUACUGUGAUCUAUAUCGUGUUGCCAACCUUAAAAAGUGCUAUGAUACUUUCAAAGAAUUUGUUUCUCAACAUGAAACGAGAGUUUCACCAAGAAAAAGAGCGAAAAAAGAUGCAACCAAAUGUGAUGAAAAAGGAUUACUUGCAAGAUUUAUCUCGGCGAUUGGUGAUUUGGAAUAUCUUGGCCUUAUCAGAGCUCAUCCAAGAAAAGUAGAUCACAUUGAACGAUUAGUUUGGCCAUUAAAUGAUCAUACAAGAAAAGAUCACGACUCAGAUGAACAAAUAUCUAAAGUUCUCAAAGAUAUAAAACUCUGAAAUAAUCCCCCUUGACUCUGGAUAAUCUCCAUAUGUUUUAAAUUUUAUAACAGUGACGCUUACUGCUUAUUUUAACAACUUUAAUUUCAUGUUAAAAACGACUCACCUUCCAACUUGGAAAUUUUUCAAUAAAGAUUUCAAUUUUAAGGAAAAAAAAUGUUAUUAAGCAAAAUUUUACAUUCAUUUCAAUCAAAUUAUAAAAUACAUUUACUGAGCCAGUAAUACUCAAAUGUAUUUCAAGUUAUUAAAUUGUUGUUAGACAAAUCAUGAUCAUGAAAUUGUAAAAAUUUAGAUGAAAUAAGACUGUGUUGGCAGCUAAUGAUGGGUCUAUUCCGAUUGAUGGUCAUUUCAUCAAUUAUGAAAUCAAAUGGUUCAAUUCAUGGGUUAAAA